AUGGGUAUUAGUAUUAGUAUUAGAUUAAUAUUUCAUGCAUAUAAUUUAUCUAAACAAGAUGAAGAAGGUAAUAGUGAAUGGGAAUCUAGAGAUGUUUAUAUAUUUUAUUUAGAAAUAAUAUCAGAAUUAUUACAAUCAUUAGUUUAUUUAUCAUUCUUUUUAUUAAUAAUGACUAAAUUUGGAUUACCAUUUCAUUUAUUAAGAAAUAUAUAUAUUACAUUAAGUAAUGUUAAAAAAAAGAUAUUAGAUUUAUAUAAUUAUAGAAGAGCAUCUUUAACAUUGGAUCAAAAAUUUGAAAAUGCAACUCAAAAUGAUUUAGAUGAAUUUGAUGGAGUAUGUGUUAUUUGUAGAGAAGAUAUGAUUACAAAUACUUUACAAAAUCCAAUUAAAAAAUUACCAUGUAAACAUUUAUUUCAUUCUAAAUGUUUACGUGGUUGUUUAGAACGUUCACAAGAAUGUCCUAUUUGUGGUCGUUCAAUUGAUUUAUUAUUAAAAGAACAAGAAGAUCAAUUAAAAUUACAACAACAAUUACAAUUAAAUAAUUUAAAUAAUUUAAAUAAUAAUAAUGGAAAUGUUGGACAUCAUCAUCAUCAUACACCAACAAGUACUAGUAAUACUACUACUACUACCACAACUAGUACUACUAUUAAUAAUAUUAAUAAUACUAGUAGUAGUACAGUUGAUAAUAAUAUUACAAAUUUAUUUACAUCACAACAAGAAAUAUUAAAUCAAAUGAAUAUUAAUUUAAUUCAACAACAACAACAACAACAACCAUUAAAUUUAUUUAAUUCUACUACUACUAUUAAUGAUAAUCAAUUAAUUGAAACAAAUGAAAAAUUACAACAAGUAAUGAUUGAUAUGUAUAUUAGAUAUUUAGAAUCAAUGAAAGAUAAUAUUAAUCAAACUUUAGAACAAUUAAAACAAUUAAAUGAUUUUAAUCAAUCAAAUAAUAAUAAUCAAUAA